GUGUCUUCAGAGCAGACGCACGGCUCUCUGUGCAGCCAGAACCUCUUGGGGGAGAAGUGCAAGAUAGCAAAGUGUUUUUACCAGUCUUUUGAAAAACAAUAAAUAAAAAAAUAAAACCACAAAAGGCAUAGGUGAUAGUUUUAUUAUUUUACAUUCACAUGUAUAUUAAAGCAUUCGACGAGGAGUUUACAAAUAGACGUAAACAGUGGGAGCGGAUGAAAUGCGGACAAAAUCAUGGAAUUUCUGGAAGUGAAGUUUUAAAACAAACCAAGACCGGCGCAGGGUGACUCUUCGUUUUGGAUUUGGACAACAAUCACUGGAUUUAACUCCAGUGACAUUUAGAUCUUAUGAGCUAAUGGAGUAUUUUCCUUAUUCGUUUCAAGUUCGUUUACAGCUCGCUUAACCAAAAAACGACCAGUUUAUCGGGCGCGCGCUGCUUGAGAGGAACUGGCGAAUUAAAGCGCAUCUUGGCGGUAUGGUGCGCCUGCUCAAUUGCCUGGUCUUGGGGUAUUUGACAUGGAAUCUGGGAAUAUCUGAUGCCCGAGGAGAGUACUGUCACGGCUGGUUAGACAGCAGCGGGAAUUACCAUGAGGGCUUUCAGUGUCCAGAGGGCGUUGACACGGCGGACGCGACGGUGUGCUGCGGGAGCUGCUCGCUGCGCUACUGCUGCGCGGCCCCGGAUGCGCGCCUCGAUCAGGGGACCUGCACCAACGACAGAGAAGUGGACAACAACACGCAAUAUGCUGCCCAGCCCAUCUAUGUGCCCUUCCUGAUGGUGGGCUCCAUCUUCGUGGCGUUUGUAGUGGUGGGUUCUCUGGUGGCCGUGUACUGCUGCACCUGCCUGCGACCCAAGCAGCCCACACAGCAGCCCAUCCGCUUCUCACUGCGCAGUCAGGGCGAAACCAUCCCCAUGAUCCUCACCACAGCCCCUCCCAGCCUCCGCACACCAUCACGACAGUCCAGCACGGCCACCACCAGCUCCAGCUCAGUGGGAGGAGGCAGCUCCGUCCGGCGCUUCUCCCUGGGCCGGGGUGACGGACUGGGACAGAGCUCGCAACAGCAGCUCCUGAUGGUCUCGUCUUCCACGGCCUCCACUCCUGUGCACAUGGCCCCGGCGCAGCCUCUGUUGGCUCCACCGCCCUACACCUCCCAGCAGGGACUGCAGGGCAGUAACUCUCUCCAGCACACGCACGCUCACAGCCAGUUACAGCUGCACCACCAGACCCUGCAAAGCUCCAGCUUCUUUCUACCACAACAGUUCUUCUUUCCCCUGCCGCAGGACCCGUUCUCCACAAACAAGGGCUUUGCUGAAUUCAGCGAGUGCUGACCGGAGGUUCCCGGCUCCUGCUCAAAAGGAAACGGACACCAAAGAAUCUGUCACUCACAAUGCAGUUGUUGUAGACUCAUAUUACAGGGCCUUCUGUUCACUGUUCAAGGAAAUAGGCACUGAUGUGUCUUUCAGCUAGCUCAAUUGCCACUCUGAGAACGCAGCUGGAAUUUAAGAGCCACGUGGGCCACUAAAGCUGGUGAGAUGGUGAACUAUCAAUCUGACAGACACUCAAGUGCUGGAUACAACAUGCCAGAACAUGGACGCCUGUUUCAAAGCAACUCAUCAAAUCACUUUAAAUCUGCUUAUUUGAUGAAAGAUGUCUAUAUAUAUAUAUAUAUAUUUUAAAGAACUCCAGCUGAGUCAGGUGCGACUUAUUUAUCCAAAUGUAUUUGACAUGAACCGAGAGAAAUGAACCAAGAGAAAUGAACCAAUAGAAAACAUUACCGUCUCCAGCCGCGAGAGGGCGCUCUAUGCUACUCAGUGCUGCUGUAGUCUACACUGAAGCGCCCUCUCGUGGCUGUAGACGGUAAUGUUUUCUCUUGGUUCUUGGGUCUAAAUAAAUGCGAUUUAUAGUCCAGUGCGAUUUAUAUGUUUUUUUUCCUCAUCAUGACGUAUUUUUGGACUGAUGCGAUUUAUACUCAGGUGCGACUUAUAGUACGAAAAAUACGGUAAUUUUAUAUGUAUUCUGUAUAGGCAUUACAAAAGGACGACAGAAUCUCAUGACAAUCUCAAUCCCAUUUUAGGGGUCCUGCACACAAAUGGUGCAUUGUGUGAAUGCGAGUUUUCUAUAAAUUAUCGUUAUUUUCCCAAAGGGUCAGAUUAAAGGUUUAGUUGCCAGAUUGAGACAAAAAAAAAAAUGUUAAUAAUGUUUAAAACAGGCAUUCAUCAUGCAUUAUUCUUGCUCAUAAUACAUAUAGUAUCGGUCACACAAGGAACAGGUUAACAUCACAUGAAUGUACAGCUACCCUUGGGAAAACCUCUGCUUCUAAUGUUUGGAGAACAUUCAUUUUUCAAUUUUGUAUAAUUUGUAGCAAUCUGAAAGCCAUUAUUGGCUCCGUUUCAGAUUACAUUGGCUACACAGUUUUGUUAUAUUUGAUGUGAGACGUUUUGUAAAUGUUCAGGUGUAUCUAAAUGUACGGAGCAGCUGGAAGCAUGUGGCGAGACAGCCUUCAUAUAAGUAUUACACUCUCUAACCAACAGUGUUUUGGAGCUAAAUUAAACUCUUUUAUCUUCCA